AGCGAUGGAGCAGCCGAAGUCCCCGACGUCCCGGCUAUUCAACACGAGCUGCGUCGAGAACAAGGACGAGCUGGAAGAGAAAUUGGAAAGAUGCCACUCGACGUUGCAAAAUCUGAUCACGGGACUCUCGGAGAAGGAGGUCCACGACACGCUGAACAAUGCGGUGUGCAAGGACAAGACGCACGAGGAGGUCUCCCUGGGUUUACUGGUGGUGAUCCUGACGGAUCCGCAGAACGCUGCAAAGAGUUACAGGGACUUGACGUUGAUCACACGAGAUGGCCUAGCCAUUGUGCUGCUCCAUCUCAAUCAACUAGUACUGGAGAAAUAUUUGAGAUUAAAUGACGUUACCAGGAGCCAGUUACUGUGGUUGCUAAGGGAAAUGAUAAGGACUAGUGUAACAAAUGUGGACAACCUUUGUUUGAGUUUGUUGAGGCAUGCGGCAGGCGGGGACAUUUCCCCGAAGAACUUAUUCCUAGUUGACGCCCUCUUGGAUAUUUUUCAAGAGAAUCGACCGUGGUUGGACAAAUUUCCGUUUUUAGUAGCAUCAAUUGUGUACACGUAUUUACGAUUAAUAGAAGACCACAAUGCACCUCAUCUGGCUGGUUUACGGCAAAAGGAAGUGACCUUCACGGUAUCCCUGAUAAGGGAACGAAUGGCGGACUGUCUGGCCAUUGGAAGAGAUCUGGUUCGUUUGCUGCAGAACGUCGCGAGAAUACCGGAGUUCGAAGCGCUCUGGAAGGAUGUAUUACUCAAUCCGAAAACUCUCUGUCCAAAUUUUAGCGGCGUCCUUCAGCUGUUGCAAACCAGAACCUCCAGGCGAUUCCUGCAGUCCCGCUUGACGCCGGAAAUGGAGAGGAAACUCGUGUUUCUCACGAGCAACGUCCGCUUCGGCAAUCACAAGCGUUAUCAGGAUUGGUUUCAGCGGCAAUACCUGGCAACGCCCGAAUCUCAGUCGUUGAGGUGCGAUCUUAUUCGCUUCAUCGUCGGAGUUAUACAUCCCACGAACGAACUGCUGUGCUCCGACAUUAUCCCGCGAUGGGCGGUAAUAGGCUGGCUGUUCACAACGUGCACUUCCACCGUGGCCGCCAGCAACGCGAAGCUGGCCUUGUUCUACGAUUGGCUGUUUUUCGAACCUGACAAAGACAAUAUCAUGAAUAUUGAACCUGCGAUUCUUGUUAUGCACAAUUCAAUGAGGUCUCAUCCACCCGUCACUGCCACCCUUCUAGAUUUUUUAUGCAGGAUAAUACCAAACUUUUAUCCCGCGCUAACGGACAAAGUCAGAAAUGGCAUAUUUUCAUCGUUGCGGCAAAUUCUGGAGAAACGCGUUCUGCCUAGCCUAUACCCGUUAUUCGAUAGCCCGAAACUCGAUCGAGAAUUAAGAAGCAAGAUACGAGAGACCUUUAAAGAAUUUUGUCUGCCACCGAAUACGGAGCCUGCAGGUAAUAAGGUUCUGAAAUAUUCAGGUAAAAUGGAAGAACUCAACAAGGAGCAUAAUCCUGGGACUAUAAUAGAAAAUACCACGAAUUCUACCGUGGAGAACAACCACGUGGCACAGGAUCCCGAACCAACGUUCAGUGACGAAGAAGAGGAGUUGUCUCCUCUUAGAAUAGUGACGAAAGUAGAAGAAGAAGAGGACGAGGAGGACGUACCGUUGUCUACGGUAAAACUGAAAAACGAUCAGAAGAACGCGAACUGCGUCGUGAAGAAGGAGGACAUCACGUCGCAUCUGCGUCUCAUAUUGGAGCCGGAGGAGUUGAGGACCAGCAUAGAAACGUUGCAUACGGAGACCGACAACGAGUCGAGGUGCCAAGUGAUGGAAAGGAUAGUACAAAUGAUCGUGGAGGACGAAAUAGAUGCAGAAACGAUACCCGCGUUAGCGUCCUGCAUAUCAACUAUCUUAUCGCCGCAGAUCACGACGCAGAUCUUCCCGUCGGAUAAUCUGAACGAGGAGGUGCUGGCCGAUAGUAUAAGCACGCCGUUGUUUGUUAUGUUUCGAAACCAAUUUCAAUUGUGCAAAGAAGAGGAUAACAGGCGGAAGCUUCUGGCCAGGGUGCUGGCGGAAAUGCAGUCGGUUCAGUCCAAGAUCGGUUAUCUCCUUCUUUAUUUCUUAAAAGUCUGGGGCAGAGAAGAGGAGAAGAGAGAAGGCGAGCCGAGGUUAGACGAAAAACAUGAAAUAUCGAACAGGCAAACAGUAAGAAGGAAAAAUCCUUUAAACUCUGAACUGUUCUAUUUCAGCAAUGUUCUAAACGACGUCAAAGCAUCGGUAUACAAGGACUUCUGCGCGCAGCGAGAAAAGAAAUUGGACGCGUGUCUGGUGCAAGAUUUAAAGCUUUGCCACGAAGAUAAUAUAUUCAUGUUAUGUUACCUCGUGCCCGACGUGUACACGGGAUUUCAAAACGUCGCCGUCGGAAACGUCCAGCUGUUGCACCUGGUCGUGUCCACCGUGGACUCGUGCCAGUUACAGGAUCUAGUUUGCCAGAUAAUGCAGGGCCAUCUGAAGAUGUUGAAGAAGGAGUCGUUCACCACGCUACUGACGGCCAGCUUGAAUUGGGAGACAUUCGAGCAAUACUGUUUCUGGCAGCUCAUAUUUGCACACGAUUUUCCCAUUGAUUACGUACUGCCGGUUUUGCCGAAGCUACAGUUUCGUAAUCACGCGGAGGCGCUCACCUCAAUCUUGUUUAUGCUUAAGCAAGAAAAGCCAACCUUGGAUCUUCUACGACAACUACUCGCCCGGCAAAGCGUCGAGGGCGAUAUGUUUGUCGUGGCCGCGCUACGUUAUUGGUGUCGCGAUUACGAGGAGAAACUCGGCGAGCUGCUCGCGAAUCUACUCAGCACCCGUUAUCCCGCGACCAGUCCGAACAAACGGAAACGUUCUGGCGCCAAGCAGAACCAGCAAUCAGGUCCACCUACCGGCGAACAAGUUCUCGGCCACUUGGACCAGUUACGCCAGCACUGUGUGUCCUCCGCGGAAUUACAGUUGUAUCACUCGGAAGGGAUGCAAAGGGCAUUACAGCAGGCGCAAGCGGCGAGCAGCGAUUCACUCAGGAAAAGUUACGGCGACCUCUUUGCGCUUGCGGAAGUCAACGAGGAGAACGAACCACCGCCACCGAGUAGUUCCGCGAGGAAACACGCUGCCUCUGGGGGAGGCGCGGGCAGUAAGGGCGGUCACAGGAAAACCGGCGCUAACACGAGAGAAAGAUCCAACUCGAAGAGACCACUUCCGCGAUAUCAUAUUGACAGCACCUCUAGUAGCGAGGAAGAAGAAAUCGUGAAUCCAAAGCAAGCGAAAAAAAGGAAAAAGAUCAAUCCAGUGGGCUCGGACAGCGACUGACCACCCAGUGUCUUCACAUGUCACAUGGACCACGUCACGUGUGUGCAGCAAGCUAAACUAGCCUUAAGAAUAGUAAGAUAAUAUGAUAUACAUAGAUUUAUAUUUAUGUGUGUGUAUAUGUAUAUAUACAUAUA